ACGUUGCGUUACGCGUGCAAAUUCACACCGCUUCGAGCGUUCGAAGCCCUGCGAUUGGACGUCUCGAAUCAUAAAAUUUAAAAAGUCGAACGUCUCGCUCGCUCGUACACCAACGCAGCACACGAGUACGAUAGACGACACUCAGUGUUGGACCAACGAGUCAUCUGCACGUCCAUCUAGGUAUCACGCAUUCGCACUUGAGCAGCUCAACCGUACUCAGCAGCAGCCGUGAGUUCGGCAAAUUUGUUUUUUACUUGGACAUUGGCGCUGUUUUGUGUGUGUGCGCGCGCGUUCGUCUAUGUGUGUCUGUCCAUCUAUGCUUCCGAGCACUACAUGCGUUGUGUUCCUUCGUUGCCGGUCCUUGCCUGCACUUCGUCUCUUACACAGCAGCAGCAGUGAGUGAACCUCGAGACGUGGGCAUUUCGCUCUUUUUCAUUCGGUGCAAGAUACAGUCGAAAACUUUCAACGUUCCCGUAAUCGUGUAGUGAGGUUUUAUCCGUAGUUUUCUUCAAUCGUUUUUCUUUAAUCGCGAGUGUUUUCAGUGCAGUAGUGUAUAUAUCAUUCCGAACAAAAGCUUUCGCGCGUACAGUAGUCGGUGCGACAAAAAAACCACCUUGUGUGUUCUGUUCCGUCGUCAUGUUGCGGCAUUGCAGCAGCACGAGCAGCAACGAGGUGCCCUUCGGCCAGAUGAGCAACGCAACGGCCACCUCGACCAUGUUCAAACAUCAAAAACCGCAGCACAAGCAUAAAUCCAAGCAUCUGAAUCAUCUGCAGUACCAUUCGACGAGCCAUCCGAUAAAAUAUGCCGCCACCAUACCGAGCGUCAGGCCCAAGGAUUUGACCUGCACAGUUUGCAAUUACAAGUUUCACUUGAUCACUGGAAAAGAUUUGAAAUUACAAUCCGCACCACUGCUAUUGCCUUGCAGUCACGCAAUAUGUAUAAAAUGUGGAAAUUCUAAAACCCCAAUAAUGUGCCUUUCGUGUAACAUCAACUAUGAUCCAGCAGCCAUUAAAAAAUUGCCUUACAAUGUGCACAUGAUUGGAUUAUUGAAUGUUGUUAAAGCAGCCCCACUCUUAAAUUACGAAGAGCCAGAUGUAUCUUUUUCAAGACCAUUACCAACUGUGAAUAUUCAAGAUGGAUGUUGUCAUGAAUGCGGAAUGCCAGCUAAAAAAAAUUGCAUUUCUUGUGAUAAAAAUUAUUGUCGCAACUGUGCUGCAAAGUUACAUCGCGUUGCUUUGCAGAAUCAUACUAUAGUCAAUUUAAAUAAAAAUUUCAUUGAGUUGAUCGAUAACCUAUAUUGCCCUUGUUCAGAUGAAAAAAAAGCAAAGUAUCAUUGUAAAAAAUGUGACAAAAAUGUAUGCUCUGACUGCGGACUAGAUUUUCAUAAGGAUUGUGAACUUAUAUCCAUUUCAAAGAAGAAUGAAGAAUUAUUGCCUGACUAUCAGGACGCCUUUGAUAGUAUGCAGGACACCAAACAAAGAGUUCAUCUAGCUUUAAAGAAUUUUGCCGAAAAAAUGACCAAAUCACCGGCUAUUGGAUUAGCAUCGUUCAUCGAGGAUCAAAUAUCUGAUCAUUUCUUACGUCUUCAUGGCUAUUUGCAGACAUCCGAACAAUUGCUGAAGAAUCAACUUUAUGAGUGGAAUGAUAACUUGCGACAAAACUUGAAUGACUUUCAAAAUACCUUGCAAAAAAUUGAACUCAGUCUAACCGAUGUUCACAAUCAAGCAAGUGCCAUUAAAUGCUUUGAAGGAAUCGACGUACCAAAACUUAUCGAGAGAAUGAACAAAUAUGCCGAUUCACCGUGUCAUAUUUUGGAACAUCAAGAAUUAUUAUCAACAAUCAAGUUUAAAAUUAACCCAAUAUUUGAUGCAGUUGCAACUCAUGUUGAAUUGAUUUUGCCUGAAGAGCCACUUUUUGAAUUGGUUGGAACGUCGCAAUUGCCUGCAGAAUUUGUGUUAGAACCUAUUCCAGAUGAUAUUUCUUCUUUAGAUAUUACCUCAACUGAUACCGUCAUGGUUCCCGAAACCUCUUCAUCUUCAAAAUCUCCAAUAUCUCUAAAUGUAACUGAGACCGAUAAUCUAAAUGAGUCUUUCGCCAAUACGUCUACAACCUUUGAAAAGGGGACCACGGAACGCGUUAUGGUCACACAUAUUAACAGUCCUGCUGAUUUUUAUGUGAUAAGAGACAGACAUAUUAAGGAUCUAGAAAAAAUCGAAAAGUAUAUUGAUGAUAUUGCUGAAGAGUAUCCUGUACCUGAUAAAAUUGAAAUGAAUAAGAUUUAUAUAGUAGAAUCUUACGUCCGUGAUAAGUGGCUACGUGGGAGAGUUGGACAAGGAAUAGAAGAAACGUCUGAAGAAACAAAUAAUGAAUCGACUUACGAAGUUUACUUCAUCGAUCACGGUUUUAUCGAAGAAGAAAUGACGAUCGAUCGAUUCCGAUCGAUUAAUGAAACUGAUUCGAAGCGUUUGGGCAACCUACCGCCGGCAGUUUUGCGUUGCACCUUAUCCGAGAUUGCGCCGAUAAACAAUAUUUGGGAUGAUGAAACUAUUGAUGUAUUCAAGCAGAUGGUCCAGGGACAACAAUUAAUGAUGCGUGUAUUGCAUAGCGCUAAUAAUAUUUAUACGGUUGAUCUCCAAAAAUAUAACAGCUCCAAUAAGCUCGUAUCACUACACGAUUGGCUGAUCGAUUCUGAAUACGCUAAGCCAACGACCUAUUAUAAACUCAAACGAAUGAAUCCUUUAUCUGCACAACACUUCUAUUAUGAAGACCUGCCUUUGAAUGAGUAUUCUGUAGUAACAAUAUGUUAUGUAGAAUCGCCCAGUUGUAUCUACGUGAAGAAAGAACUGAAUGGGGCAUUUGAAUAUAUGAUACAUGAAUUUAACAGAGAAUACAAAGAAGAAUUAAAGCAGAGAAAUUUGUCUAUAUUGAACCCUGAAUAUGGUACGGCUGUUGCUGUUCAAGACGGUGAAAACUUUUGGCAUCGAGGAUUAAUUACGAAAGUAACACCAGAAAAGAAAGAAGUUCAAGUUCUUUUGGUAGAUUACGGAUCAACCGUCACGUGUUCUUAUAAUAAAAUAUCUUGUUUACCGUCUCGAUAUUGUCAAUGUCAUGCGCAGGCUAUCAAGGUUUGCAUGUGUGAUAUAUUACCUAUCGAUGGUCAGAAUUGGUCUAUAGAUACAGCUAAUUAUCUUAAAAUAAACUUGGAACAAAAAUUGGUGCGAGUAUUUCCUUUUGAAAAAACCAACGAAUUAUACAACGUUCACAUAUAUUUGGUGAACAACACAAACGUUAACGGACAUCUCGUUCUAAACAAGUACGCCAUGUCUACAGGAAAUCGGCCAUUAGAAGCAACAUCCAAUCGUGACAUCAAAUUGAAAAGAGCCGAAAAGAAGAAAGAAAAAGCUUGGGAAAAAAAACAACGAGUUAAAGAUAUAAACUCUAAUGCUGUACCUGUUCAAACAUCAAAAGCGAAGAACUCGCACAAGGAAAAAGAAGAACCAGACGAAUUUAAUAUAAGAGUCAAAAUUAAUAAGAUAAUUAAUCCCGAUUCUAUUUAUGUGUCAAUACCGAGAACUGAUCGAGAUUACCAGGAGAUGAAUAAAAAGCUUCAAAAGUUUUAUGAUAAGAACGCAGCUAAAAAAUGGCAUGGGAAAUUAGAACUGAAUUAUCAUUACUGUGUUUACUCGGUCAAAGAUCAGCAAUAUCAUCGUGCACAGUGGAUUGCUCCUUCUGAAGAAGAUCCUGAGAAUAAAGCUAAGAUGCUGCUUCAUGAUAUUGCUGAAGUUGAAGAUAUCGAGAUUAAACACAUUGAGCCGCUGGAUAUUCAGUUUUUUGCGCCACCAAAGCGCACAUUUAAAAUUAAACUUGCUGGCAUAGCACCUGUAGGUGGUAGCAACGUCUGGCAAUCUUCAUCUUGUCAAAAGUUGGAAGAAAUUAUUAACAGUAGUGGCGAAAACAAGUAUUAUAUAACACUUGUUGGAGACUUCAAAGACGGAGAAUGUAUCCCAGUCAAUCUGACAGUGCGAUGUAAUAUAACACCUGGACCCCUUGACCCAAAUCGGAAAGAAUCGUUUUCGGUAGCUAAACGCUUGAUAGAAGCCGGUUUAGCUUUACCUAUAAGAGGUUAUCAAGAAACACCUCAAUUAUCAAUAGAAUUAUUGAAAAGACUUAUAAUCUAUCACCACGGAAAAGAAAAUGAAGCCUCACUUCAGCUUAAUCAAGAGGAGAUUUUAGAUAUUUCUAGUUCUAAAGUCAAUGGUGUUAACGACAGUAACAAUGAGAACGACGCUGACGUUUUUAUUGACAGCGGAGGUGAAAUUGAUAAUGCUGACAAAUUUGAUGAAAACAAAUCAAGCGAUUUUGAUUCGUCAUAUGAUAAAAUACCCGAAAAAUUCACCGAUUGGGUACCUGCUAGACAUUUACCGCACAGAGGUUUUAAAGCAUGUUGUACUUACGUAGAUUUCGAUGGCGAUGUAAAUUUUUAUCCAUAUAGUGACAAUGAUACCAUUGAAGAAAUGAGUAGAAUAUUGUGCCAACACUAUGAUCAACGAACCAUGAAAGAACACGAUCUUGGUGAUUGGGAAAAAAAUGAUUUGUGUAUAAUAAAAUAUCACGCAGAUCAAAAAUGGUACAGAGGGCGAGUAUUAGAUGUUGAGCAACCGAUGAGGGUUAGAUUAGUUGAUUAUGGAAAUGAAGAGGAUGUUGUACUUGGGGAAUUGAAAAAACGCAUCAUUCCGAGUGUUCAAAAGAUUCCAAUAUUAAGUACCAAGGCAAAAAUUGCAGGAAUUGAACCAAUUCAUUCUGAAUGGGAUGUCACACAUCUCGAUGUAUUGCAUAAAUUGCUUGUAGGACACAAUGGCGUUGCAAUGAAAGUUAUUGAACGACCUCCGAAAGAUUGGAAGGUUGCCAUUUGGAUUAUUGAAAAAAAGUCAGCCAUUCCAUUACCUCGUUACCUAAAACAAAAUACUCAAAUUGAAUGUCACACCGAAGAUAUUAACCAAUAUUUUGAUGAUGAUAUGAGAGAAGUAGUAGAUUUUAUGAUAAAAAAUAUGCAAAAUCCAUCUGAAGUUGUUGAAAAGCCUGCUAAGGUGGAACAAACCAAUCUUCAAAGCUUUAUCAAUUCUACUGUAAACAAAAGUGAUGACAGUAAAAAAUUGGUUAAAACAAUCCUUAACGAAGAAUCGUCAGUAGAUGACGACGAUGAUGAAGACGAGGACGAUUAUGAAACUACAUCCGAAAAAGACAUAUCGCACGUAAAAUUUAAUAACAAAAUAGAAGAAUAUGAAAGCUGCGUAUCUGAAACUUUGAGAACAGAAAUACCUUUAGAGGAAGUAACAAUUAAAGCGGCCAUGAAUUUGUCUUCAAUCAACAAUUCUUCAAAUUUGAUCAAAUCUAGAUUGAAUUCGGAAUCUAGUACCAUAAAAAAUGAUGAUCAUUCAAGCAGCGAAGAAGUGUCUGAUGAAAUUUACAAUUCAGAAGUUGUAAUUUCAGGCAUCUUGUCAAACAAUCAAUUUAAUCGAUCAUUAGAUAUGGAAAGUGUUAAAAGUCAUGUUUUAAAUAAUGAUGCGAUAGAUGAACACCUAACAACUUCAACACCAUUAAAUAAUUCCAUUGAACUGAAUCCUGAUCUUCCUCAAUACAUCGAUUUCUAUCGAUACAAUGUUAAUCAUUUUCGAAUGUUUUUGACUGAUUUGUCUCCUGACUUUACGAUGGGUGGUUUUAUCGUAGAUGUACCUGAUCCUGAACUAAAUAAAUGGGUCAAAUAUUGUGAAAAGAGACAAGAUGAAAUACAAAUCGAAGUUGAAGAUCAACCGUCUUAUAAAUACGGAACAGGAGCCUUAUGUUUAGCUAAACACAGAAACGGAUUUUGGUGUCGUGCACGUGUCAUAAAAACUGAAUUUACAAAUAUGGGUGACCGUAUAGAAGUUGAGUUAAUCGAUUAUGGAAUAAUAGACAGAGUAUAUGAACAUGAAUUGUUCGUAAUUAAAGAAAAAUGGUUGAAUGAUCCGUGGAUGGGCUUCAGAUUCAAGCUACACAAUUUAAAAGUAAAUGAUAGUAUUCCAGACGCUGCUAGGGUGAUAGAACAAUUUUUCGACCAAGUCGAAUAUGUUCAUGCUGUUAUAAAAAAACAUGCACCUGUAAUGGAGCUGGAAUUAUAUUCUAACAAGGCCCAUACAAAUUUGGCGUAUCAACCCUUAAUUGACAACAAAUAUCUAACCGCGGUUGAUUCAAAAAAUAGUUCGGGCAUUUAUUGAAAGAAUCGAGUUCUUCUAGUAUAGGCAUUUUUCACUUAAACAAGUACUUUUUAUAAUGUUUUAAUGAGACAAAGAAACAUUUUAGUUUUUCAGGAUUUUUAUAAUUUUCUUUAAGAAAUUUCAAGAUUAUAUAUUACAUAGAUAAAUCUAAAUAGACAUUGUAAAACGAUGUCUAAGUUUUUUUUUGAUAAAAGACUUUGGAGAUAUUAAUUAUCCUUUAAUUUUAAAUUAAUACAUGAAAACUUUAUUUUUGUUUAUUUGGUUUUUUCAAAUCAAGUUUUUCUUUAAAAAACUUGAUACGUACUUGCGAUCGCUUUUAUACGUAUUACAGUGGAUUUCAUAAAACUGUUCUGAUUCAAUCCAAUAACAUGAAACACUAUUCUUGUGAACUUCAAUUUAUUUUAUUUGUAAUGA